AUGGCGAUGCCAUCCCGCCUGGGGCUCCAACUCCUCCUCGCCGUCGUCGGCGGCGUCAUCAUCGCCGCCGCGUCGGACUCGGGGUCGGAGACCGCGCACUUCCUCGGCGUCAACUACGGCAGGCUGGGCGACGAACUCCCGCCUCCGCACCGCGCGCUCGAGCUGGCCCGCUCGGCGGGCGCCGCGGCCGUGCGCUUCUACGACUCCAACGCCACCUUCCUGUCCCCGGCGGCCGCCUCCGGCCUCGUCUUCGUCCCCGGUGUCCCCAACGAGCUCAUCCCCACGCUCGCCGACUCCCAGCGCGCCGCCGACGAGUGGGUCGCCUCCACGCUCCUCCCGUUCCGCCACAACCGCCGCCUCUGCUACCUCUUCGUCGGCAACGAGGUCCUCUCCGACUCCACCACCAAGUCCCGCUGGUUCCGGCUCGUCCCGGCCAUGGCCAACCUCCACCGCGCGCUCCAACGUCACGGCAUGAGCCGUGUCAAGGUCACCACCACGCUCGGCAUGGACGCCCUCGAUGGCCAGAACGUGUUCCCGCCGUCCGCCGGGGUGUUCCGCCCCGACAUCGCCGACGCUGUCAUGCGGCCGCUGCUCGCCUUCCUCGAGAGCACCGACUCCUACCUCUUCGUCGACGCGUACACCUACUUCACCUGGUCGGCGAACCACACCAUCGUGCCGCUCCACUACGCGCUGCUCGAGCCGUCGCCGUCGCCGGCGAUGGGGUACCAGUACCACGACCCCGGUACGGGGCUCUCAUACACCAACCUCCUCGACCACAUGCUCGACGCGGUGGUCGCCGCCAUGUGCCGCGCGGGCCACUGCGGCGUCAGGCUGGCACUCGCCGAGACCGGGUGGCCCAACGGCGGCGACCUCGACCAGUUCGGCGCCAACGUGCGGAACGCGGCCACGUACAACCGCAACAUGGCGCGGCACCUGGCGUCCGGCGCCGGCACGCCGCGGCGGCCGGGGAUGCGCAUGCCGGCGUUCGUGUUCGCGCUGUUCAACGAGGACCUCAAGACGGGGCCCGGCACGGAGCGCCACUGGGGCCUCUUCCACCCCAACGGCAGCGCGGUGUACGAGGUCGACCUGACGGGUCGCCGGCCGCCGGCGUCGUACCCGCCGCUGCCGGCGGCGACGAACGACGCGCCGUACCCGGGGAAGCUGUGGUGCGUGGUGAGGACGGACGACCGCCGUGGCGGGGCGGUGAACGAGACGGCGGUUAGGGAGCAGAUGGACGCUGCGUGCGCCGACGAGGCCGGGCUGUGCGACCCCGUGCGCCCCGGCGGCGAGUGCUACCUGCCGAACACGGUGGCGGCGCAUGCGAGCUACGUGUUCAGUGCGCACUGGAACAAGUUCAGCAAGGUGUACGGCGGGUGGUGCUACUUCGCCGGCCUCGCCGUGGAGACCACCGCCGAUCCAAGUCAUGGAUCUUGCCAAUUUCCCAGUGUUACGCCAAGCUAAAGAAGAGCAUCUAUGCAUUUCAUCCAAGAUAGAUCCUGCAGACAUGUUAGCGUUUAUGAAAUAAGCAUAUGGACCAUGACCAUAAAUUGGAUUCCAUAUUGUACUGUAGUGUAAUCAGUUUGUAACAGAACUCUCACAGCUCAC